GAGGAGAUUAUUGCUUGGGCAUUACGCAACGUUUGGAUGUUUUUAGAGGAACUAAAAGACCACACUAAACUGUCGCUUUCGUUUAGCGGCUGUGGAUUUUUGUGCGUUUAUCAUGCUGGAGUUUGUGCUGCGAUUCGAGAGUUCGCGCCGCACUUAUUAAAAGUACCAAUUCUGGGAGCAUCUGCUGGUGCCAUACUUGGUGCAUGUAUCACCUCAGAUGUUUGCCUUUCGAAAGCAAUUAGUGUUGUCCUAGAUGUCGUGGCAAAGGCCCGUUCCUUCACUUUCGGGGCUCUGAAUCGCGACUUUGAUUUAAUGAAGAUUGUCAGACAAAAUUUGGACGCGGCUUUGCCAAAAGACGCUCAUAAAUUGUGCUCCGGACGACUUCACAUUUCUAUAACCCGGUUUAGCGAUUUUUCUAACCGGCUAGUGACAGAUUUUCAGUCUAGAGAAGAUCUCAUUGACGCUAUUGUAUGUAGUUGCUUCAUCCCCGUAUAUGGCGGUUUCGAUUAUCCAAAAUAUCAGGGCGAGAAGUAUGUUGAUGGUGGAAUAUCAGUGAAUCAGCCGGUUCUUGACUCAAACACUAUAACUAUUUCACCGUUUGCUGGCGAGAACGAUAUUUGUCCAUCUGAUACGGAUAGCGCCAACCUGUUAGGGCUGGUGUUUUCUGGCACUUCAAUACGUUUUACUAUGAGCAAUUUGAUGAGGCUUCUUGUUUGCCUGUUUCCGCCUCCCGCGGACGCCUGUUCAAAAAUUUGCCAGCAAGGAUUUGAGGAUGCGCUGCGAUAUCUGUUUAUUAAUGGUACAGAAUAUGACUAA